AUGGCUCCAGAGAUCACCUUCCACGACUUGACGUCCCAAAAGUGGCCUUAUUCCUGGUCGCCAUUUACCCUCCGCACAACGCAAUGCCUAAACUAUCUCGAGCUCACCUAUAAACACAACGAGAUCUCAUAUCCAGACAUUGCAAAGACACUCUCAUCACUAGGUGUCAAGCCCGACCCUGAAGAUGUCGGCGAGGCCAUUCAGUUUACCCUCCCCGCCAUCUCUAUCGACGAUGAAACGAUAAUGGGCUCGUUCGCCAUUGCCGAAAAGUUGGCAGCUCUCGAUAAGGCGUACGAGAAGAAAUUGUUUCCUCAGGGCGACAAAUCAAAGGAUGCGGUCAAGACUCUUGAGAAGGAAAUUGUACCGCAAAUGGCGACAGGCAUGGGAGGUAUGCGCAAACACGUCAUUGCGUUUGUGCCUUUCUUUUUGGAUGAGAGGGGUGCUGAGUAUUUCUAUGCCACUCGCGAACCCAAGCUUGGUAAGCUGGAAGAUCUCAGAAAAGUGGCUCUAGAGGAAGAAAAGGAGAAAGGAUGGAAAGAAUUAGUCCAGGCGGCUGCGAUACCUGUCUUGGACUUUUACAAGCAGAUUGAUGGCGAGGAGAAGGGUAUCUUCGCAUAUGGAGGAAACAAGCCACAGUUUGUAGACUUUUGUGUUGUAGGCUUUGUGCAGUGGUGGAUUUGUGCUCGUGGAGAAGAAGAGAUUAUGGCUGCGUUGGAAGAGGUCGGAGAUGGUAGGCUUGCAAAAAUCAUGAAGGGCUGCGAACGAUUGAUGAACCCUAGGGAAGUAUGA